AGCCACCAGCACACUCGCUUAUCUUUACUCUCUCUCUCUCGCGCGCGCACGAAUGAAGCUACUGAGUCUUCUCUCUGUUGUGGCCACCGUCGUCGCUACCGCCAGCGCCAGAGACUCCAUUAAUCUGAAACCCAAGUAUGACCCCGAGUUACUUGCUAGCAGUGACAACGCCAACUGCCCCCACCAAUGUCGUGUGAAGAAGUACGACGGCGUUGUGCACGAGAAAAAGUGUUUGGAGCGUUUUGCGGUGUGCAUGGAUGACCCCAAAAUCACCGUGUCAUGGCUUAUCAACAUUUUCGCAGAUGCUGAUAGCUUUGAGGCCACCUACACAUUGGUCCGCAGUGGCGGUCACAACGACUUUAUCCUGGAGAAUGUGCUACUGCCCGACGGCACGACCCUUAACGGACAUGAACACUUUGCCCUGAACCAUCUUCUAGGCAGCUGCAAGAAGAGAACUUACUAG